UGCACUUGUCCUCAGGGUGCAGACAAGAUGAAUAGCGUGAUUUCGCGGCUCAACUCACUCUUCACCUUCACGUUGAUGGUGAUGGCGACGCUCACCUUUCUGGUGUUCCUCAGCACAGCGUUCCAGCAGCGCCGGGUACCCGUCAGCAUCCGUGUGAGCUCAGUCUCCAUAAAGAAAUAUGAAGAUUACACAGGAAGUUUUGAUUUAGGAUCUAUAAAUUUUAGCAUCUAUGUCGAUCUGGGGCCAGUAUUUAACUGGAACGUCAAGCAUCUUUUCCUCUAUCUAUCAGCAGAAUAUGCUACAGAGAACAAUGCAUUGAAUCAAGUGGUUCUGUGGGAUAAAAUCAUCAUGCGGGGAGAAAAUCCUAGACUUGAUUUUCAUGAUAUGAGACCCAAAUAUUUAUUCUUGGAUGAUGGAAAUGGCCUGAAAGGAAAUAAGAACGUCUCCUUGUUUCUUUCAUGGAAUAUUAUUCCAAAUGCUGGAACCUUGUUUCUGAUUCCUGCCUCCAGUCAAACUGUAAUUCCAUUACCUGAAAAGUAUGAAGAAAUCAAAAAUUAUUGAUUCAAAAGAAGGGAGUGGAUGCAAAGCUGAACUAUCAGACUCUAUAUUUGAUAAGACACUUUGAUUGCCACAUGUGAACAUUUUGUAAUUUAACUAAAGAAUGCACAAUUUGUAAUAAAAAAAACUUCA